AUGGCAGGCAUCACUGUGGACAAUGCAGUCGCGAAGGAUGAUCUGGUAAUACCUCUCAUCGACUUCGCACCCUUCCUCUCCGGCGACGCUGCGCAGAAGAAAUCGACGGCCCAAGCCGUGCUCAACGGCUUCCAAAACGCCGGCUUCAUAUACCUCAAGAACCACGGCAUAUCUCCAGAGACUGUCUCCACCGUCUUCUCCAACUCCGCCAAAUUCUUCGCGCGACCGCAGGACCAAAAGGACGCGCUGUCGUGGUAUUCGCCCGAGGCAAACCGAGGAUACAGUGCACAGGGCCGGGAGAAAGUCACAGACCUGGAGGAGCAGGGAGAUGUGGGGAAGCUGAGAGAGGCAGUGCCCGACCUGAAAGAGUCGCUAGAGAUCGGAAAAGAAGGCGAGCCGGGUAUGCCGAACAUGUGGCCGCCUACUGAAGGCGAUGAGGAAGCGAAGGUGUUCAAAGACGUCAUGUUGAAAUUCCAUGAUACAUGCAAGGCCCUGCAUAUGCAGCUGAUGAGGGCAAUUGCGCUGGGCAUGGGUAUCGAUGAGGCCUGGUUCGACGGCUUUACAGACGGUGGGGACAACACGCUGAGGUUGCUCCACUAUCCCGGCGUGCCCAAGUCCGUAUUCAAGAGGGCCGAUGGGCAGCUUCAGGUCCGGGCGGGAGAGCACAGUGACUACGGCUCGGUAACGCUCCUCUUCCAAGACUCACGCGGCGGUUUGCAAGUACGCUCUCCGAAGGGUACUUUCGUGGAUGCCACCCCAAUUCCCGAUACUAUUGUCAUCAACGCUGGAGAUUUGCUCUCCCGAUGGUCCAAUGACACUAUAAAAUCCACAAAACAUCGCGUGGUCGAACCGCCGCCGAAACCCGAAGACGAUGGGUCGGACUCGUAUCCUCCACGCUAUUCCGUCGCCUACUUUUGCAACCCUAACUUUGAGCGCAUGAUUGAAGCAAUACCGGGAACUUAUGAGCAGACCGGAAAGAAAUAUGAGGGCAUCAAGAGCGGCGAAUACCUGGUCAGGAGACUAACCGCGACGUAUUGA